CAAAAAGAAGCAAACAAAACAAUAAAAUAGUUGAAAAUGGUAAAUUCCAAGAAUGCAUAAAAUAAAUGAUUCAAAUAUGGGGGUUUGAAUAUUGCUAAGACCUUGCUAAGAGUUUACACAACGCUGCAAAAAAUAUGAGUUGCCACUACGCGGAAUCGGAAUCUUCACAGUCCGAGAGCAAAAUGGACAUCUCUGAGACACCGACAGACUCCACGGGCGUCUCACCGCUGGCCGAUGAGCGCGCCAGUGCCCAAAUGGCAAACAAGGCCAACAUUAGUGAGCCUGAGCAAGAGCGCGAGAGCGAGCAGGAGGCCAACGAAAAUGAGAGCUCAUCAACGACAAUGGACAAUCGCAUAAUUCGACCAGAGAUACUGCUGCCGGUGGAGACAUUGCCACAACGGCAAAUAACUGAACGCACGCUGGCCAACAGUCAUCCGCUCAUGUCGCCCACAAACACCGACUCUGACUCAGAGCCAUUUCUGGGCAAACGCAACAACUUUCCUGACGUUGUGCCACGCACAGAGCAAUCAACUAACGAAGCAAUGCGCAAUACGCUGAAUCAACAAAACAAUACGCGUGUCAAGCCGCAAGAUGCCAAGUUAAGUCUGCUGCGUGCCAACAGUCCCGACUUACUAAGCAGUGAGUCAGAUGCGGAUGUGUCGCAGUAUUUGGCUGCGGUCGAGUCGAAUUUUCAGUCGGUUUCGUUGCUGCCCAAUGCAAACAACAAGACGCAGCGUAAGACAAAGCGUAGUGGUGUAGCUGGCGAGGAUAUCUCGAGCCUGGACUCCAUAUCGAAUCAUAGCUUUGACGACGAUGAGGAUAUAGAGCACAAUCUGGCCUCGCUGAGUCCGUCGAGUUCGAUUAUCGAUGGCCUUGAUGGCGAGGACGAUGACGAUGAAUGCGAAGGCCCUGAGCUGCUGCCUGACAAUGACGACGAUCUGGAUGACUUUGGCAUGGCAAUAACACCAACGCCACAUGCGGGCGCAGCUACAGCAGCGGGUAACUCAGAGCUGCCGCAGUAUACAGCAGACGAGGAGCGUCGUGAUUCACGCAAUUGGCAAAAGAUAACGUUGCCCGAUGGACGCACGCGUGAGAUUGAUAUGCGCGUCAUAGAGCCCUAUAAACGUGUGCUAUCCCAUGGUGGUUAUCUCAAGGCUGGUGGCCAAAAUGCUAUAGUUAUAUUUUGUGCUUGCCACUUGCCGGAUAAAUCACGUGCAGACUAUAGCUAUGUUAUGGACAAUCUUUUUCUGUAUGUGGUCAAGACACUGGAGCAGCUGGUUACAGAUGACUAUGUGCUUAUCUAUUUGCAUGGCGGCUCCAACAGACGCAAUGUGCCGCCGUUUCCCUGGCUCAAGCGUUGCUAUCAAUUGUUGGAUAGACGCCUGCGUAAGAGUCUGAAACAUAUGUACUUGGUGCAUCCUACAUUUUGGAUUAAAUCUUUAGUUUGGAUGGCGCGCCCAUUUGUGAGCACAAAAUUCUGGCGCAAGCUGAUUUAUGUUAAAUCUCUAGAGGAGUUGGGUCUGCAUGUGGCUGUUGAGAAGGCAGCCAUACCCGAAAAGGUUAAGCAAUACGAUGCCAAGCGACAUUGAAUCUGAACAAAACAUAUACUUUACAUACAUAUAUAUUUAAACAGCAUUAUUAUUUAGUUCAGGUUGCAUUUAAGUUUUGUCAUUCCUAAAUGUAAAUGCUAAAUCUCUAGCUCUAUCUAUCUCGCUGUCUAACUCUAUUGCUAAUGCUUACUCUGUCGCUAUGCUUUAAUUUAAGAUCUCAAAUCUUUGUGAUAAUUUAUGUAUUAUCUAUUUGCGUAACUCACACAUACUCAUUGCUUUUGUAAACUAAGAAGAGCUGCGUACAUCGAACAAGAUUAGUUUUAAUAGCUAAUGCAACAUGUACAUCUAUCAGUUUAAUUUCCUAUAUUGUUGUAGCCUAAUUUUCAUAAUAUUUAACAAUGUUUAUCAUGCAACAAGAAACCACCAGACUUCCGUACAUGUUACCUUCUUUGUCGUAGCGAAAAAAAAUGAAUAUUGUAACUGAAUUUAAAGAAACUAAGAAACAAAUAUUUAGCUGAAAAUUUUUUUAGUGUGCAGCUUUUGCACCUGAGACCCCAUGCCAGUCGUACGUAGGUGUUUGCACACACACAGACACACAUAUACACAAACAUAUUAAUCAUGAGUAGCUGUUUUAGCUUAUACAUACGAUACAUAAUGUAAGUGAAACAUUUGAUAUUUAGAUCUACACGCAUACUCUACCACAUGAAAUUCACGUAGCUGUAUAGUUUAGUAUUGUAACCGAAUUGAUAUUAAGAAGCGAUACUUUGUUGGUUUCCCUUAUUGCUUCAAUUGAUAAUAAUAAAAUGCAAAA